AUGGACUGGACAUACAUAUCCCAGACCCUCUUGGGGGUAAUUUAUUUUAUUUUAUUUCUUCUUUCGCUCAAUGUUGCUUUCGACAUUGCGAUCAUCACGCAUCGCGCGUUGGGAUGCAAGUUGGGUGGGAUUCUCAGCCGUUUAUGGUGGAUGAGGUGUUCAGCCGUGAUCCUUUUCACGUGGCAUGUGGCCUUCCUUGCUGGCGUCUUGUUAGACCUUUACAGCCCCAAGUACUGGAAUUUUGACACCAUUAGCCAACAAGAAACAAGAAUCUCGAAUAUAUUGUUGGCGGAUGAACUAUGUUAUCGCCAGAUGAUCAUAGGUGAAAUAUGGUUUUGUGUGUUGAGUUUUUCUUAUCUACAGACAAGAUACCUGAGAGCCGCAAUGUUGCACCUUGUUCCCGUCACCAUCGGCAUUCUUCUCAGGGAGUGGGCCAAGAAGUCAGAAAUACCAGAUUUAUCACCGAGUGGUGACAUCUGGGGAUCGGUUUGUAUAAUCAUACAACUGUUUCUCGCUAUGCACCUCUGGAAACAAAGUCCUAAGGUCGAUGGGGGUAUGCGAGACAAUGAGAAAGGCUGUGUCUCCGCCUGUGAUUUAUACGAUAGAGCCCAACAUCGAAAACGUAAUGGUGCAGAUCGCUGGAAACCAUCGUUUGGAUGGAAGCUGUUCAACAUCAGUCUGUGGAAAGGGCAGUCGCCGCUAUGA